AUGAUCAGAAGGACAUUCACUAGAAUAAUGUCUACUACAACCGCCAUCUACAGCUCUGAGCAAUGGACUGCUCCCAAAGUUAGAUCCACUUUUUUGGACUAUUUCAAAGAUAAGAGACAACAUUCCUAUGUUCCAUCAUCAUCAGUUGUUCCUCACAAUGAUCCCACUUUAUUAUUUGCCAACGCUGGUAUGAACCAAUAUAAACCAAUCUUUUUGGGUACUGUUGAUCCAGCUAGUGAUUUUGCCAAAUUGAAAAGAGCCGCCAACUCUCAAAAAUGUAUUAGAGCUGGUGGUAAACACAAUGAUUUGGAGGAUGUAGGUAGAGACUCAUAUCACCACACUUUUUUCGAAAUGCUUGGUAACUGGUCAUUUGGAGACUAUUUCAAAAAGGAAGCCAUUGCCUGGUCUUGGGAAUUAUUGACCCAAGUUUAUGGUUUGGAAAAGGAUAGAUUGUAUGUUACGUACUUUGGUGGUGACGCAAAACAAGGAUUGGAAGCUGAUUUGGAAGCCAAACAAUUUUGGUUGGAAGUUGGAGUUGCCGAAGACCAUAUCUUACCAGGUGAUGCAAAGGACAAUUUCUGGGAAAUGGGUGAUCAAGGUCCUUGUGGUCCUUGUUCAGAGAUCCAUUAUGAUAGAAUAGGUGGCAGAAAUGCUGCUUCACUUGUGAAUAUGGAUGAUCCCAAUGUGUUGGAAGUUUGGAACAUUGUGUUUAUUCAAUACAACCGCGAGGCGGAUGGAUCAUUGAGGCCAUUGCCAAACAAGCAUAUUGAUACUGGUAUGGGAUUUGAGAGAUUGGUCUCAAUCUUGCAAAACAAGUAUUCCAACUACGACACUGAUGUGUUUUUGCCAAUUUUUGAAAAGAUCAGAGAAAUCACUGGUGUUAGACCAUACACUGGUAAAUUUGGAGCAGACGAUAAAGAUGGUAUCGAUACUGCAUACAGAGUUAUUGCUGAUCACGUGAGAACUCUUACUUUUGCCAUUUGUGAUGGAGGUGUUCCAAAUAAUGAAGGUAGAGGCUAUGUCUUGAGAAGGGUUUUGAGAAGAGGAUCACGUUAUGUUCGUAAGUACAUGAACUACCCAAUUGGAUCUUUUUUCUCACAAUUGGUUGAUGUUGUUAUUGACCAGAAUAAAGAAAUAUUCCCAGAAAUCGAAUCUGGAUCGCAAGAUUUGAAGGAGAUUUUGAACGAGGAGGAGUUGUCAUUUGCAAAGACUUUAGACCGUGGUGAGAAGUUGUUUGAACAAUAUGCCAUUAUUGCUUCAAAAACCCCUGAGCAAACGUUGUCAGGUAAGGAUGUAUGGAGAUUGUACGACACUUAUGGAUUCCCGGUCGAUUUGACUAGAUUGAUGGCAGAGGAAGCAGGGUUGAAAAUUGAUGAGGAAGGCUUUGAAGUGGCCAAGGAAGAAUCUAGGGAAGCUUCUAAAGGUGGAGCCAAUAAAAGCGCAUCUUCAUUGGUCAAGUUAGAUGUGCAUGCUUUGUCUGAACUCGAGGGUAAAGUUGCCAAGACCGACGACAGUGCCAAGUACGGACUUGAUAACAUCAAAGCUAAAGUUUUGGCCAUUUACGAUGGUAGCUCCUUUGUUGAUUCCAUCCAACAAACUGAAGAAGGCAAGCAGUAUGGUAUCUUGUUGGACAAAACGCCCUUCUAUGCCGAACAAGGGGGCCAAGAGUACGACACUGGUAAACUUGUUAUUGAUGGUAAGACUGAAUUUAACGUCGAAAAUGUACAGGUUUAUGCUGGGUAUGUAUUGCACACUGGAUUUGUUCUUGAAGGUAGCUUGAGUGUUGGUGAUGAAGUGAUUGCUGCUUAUGACGAGUUGAGAAGAUGGCCCAUUAGAAAUAACCACACUGGUACUCACGUGUUGAAUUAUGCCUUGAGAGAAGUUCUUGGCGAUGAUGUUGAUCAAAAGGGUUCUCUUGUUGCCAAGGAAAAGUUGAGGUUUGAUUUCAGUCAUAAACAAGCUUUGACACCAAAGGAAUUGGAGAAAGUUGAAGACAUCUCCAACCAAUACAUUAGAGAUAACAAGCAAGUUUAUUACAAGGAUGUGCCAUUAGCUGAAGCCAAAGCAAUCAAUGGAUUGAGAGCUGUAUUUGGAGAAACCUAUCCUGAUCCAGUGCGUGUUGUGUCAAUUGGCGUUCCAGUUGAGGAUUUACUUCAAGACCCCGAAAAUAAAGAAUGGAGAUCAUUAUCGAUUGAGUUCUGUGGUGGUACACACGUUUCCAAGACUAGUGACAUCAAAGACUUGGUUAUUAUUGAAGAAUCUGGUAUUGCCAAAGGUAUAAGAAGAAUUGUUGCUGUUACUGGCCACGAUGCACACGCUGUGCAAAAAGUUGCCAAAGAGUUUGGCGAGGAGUUGGAUCAUGCUAAUGCAUUACCUAAUGGACCAGUAAAGGAAAACAAGGUUAAGGAAUUGGGGGUUGCUUUGAAGAAAUUGUCAAUUUCAGUAUUGGAUAAGCAAAAAUUGACUGAAAAGUUCAACAAGGUUGAUAAAUCAAUCAAGGAUCAUCAAAAGAGCAUACAAAAGGAGGAAAGUAAAAAGACUCUUGACGUGGUGAAGAAAUGGCUUGAUGGAGAUGCCGACAACAAGUCUGACUUUUUGGUUGCUCACGUUCCAAUCAAUGCUAAUGCUAAAGCUAUCACUGAAGCUUUCAAUUUGGUCAAGAAACAAGACAAGACCAAGUCAUUGUACUUGUUGACGGGACAAGACGACAAAGUUGCUCAUGGAUGUUAUGUUAGUGAUGAAGCAAUCGCCAAAGGUGUUGACGCUAGUCAGUUGGCCAAAUUGGUUAGUGGCAAGAUUGGUGGUAAGGCAGGUGGUAAAGGAAACAUUGUCCAAGGUAUGGGUGACAAACCAAGCGGAAUUGAAGAUGCCAUUGAGGAAGUCACGAAAGCAUUCAAAGAGAAAUUGUAA